UUCUUUUCAUUAUUAUAUCAAAAAACCUAACACCCCUCAUUAUUGCUCCCACUUCAAACCAAUUUGCUUCCUUGAAUGGCAAGUCUCUUCUCCUCACCUCUCAGCUCACGUUCUCUCUCUCUUGUCAUCAACCUAUUCUUCAUCUUCCUCAUCUAUCUCCAUUUCGCUUCACAAAAUCCUCCUCACUCCAAUUCCAUCAAAUCCCUGAAUUCUAUCGCCGCCGGUGACAGUGACAGCUGCAGCGAAGGACUCGCCGUCCUCGACGACCACCGUUCCAAGUGUUCUUACGUUAGAUCGAAAUCAAAAUGUGGCCCACAAGGUUACUUAGACUAUCUCAAGAUUUUCUUCUGUAUCUUCGGACAAUCCCCUGUUUUGGGCCAUCUAGUUUUAUCCAUCUGGCUAUUUGUUCUGUUCUACUUGCUCGGAGACACGGCGGCGAGUUACUUUUGUCCUUCUUUGGACAGCUUAUCUAAGGUUUUGAAGCUGUCUCCUACAAUGGCUGGAGUUACGCUUCUCUCUCUCGGCAACGGUGCGCCUGAUUUGUUUUCAAGUAUUGUCUCCUUCACGAGGUCAAAUAAUGGCGAUUUUGGGCUCAACUCUGUUUUAGGCGGUGCGUUCUUCGUCUCCAGCUUCGUUGUCGGGACGAUUUGUUUGUUAAUUGGAUCUAAAGAUGUCUCUAUCGACAAGUACAGCUUUAUCCGCGAUGUUGUUUUUCUUCUGGUCGCUCUGUGUUGUCUCGGUUUGAUCGUCUUUGUCGGCAGAGUAACCAUUUGGGUCGCACUUUGUUACCUUUCCAUUUAUAUCCUUUAUGUUGGGUUCUUAUCAUUUUCGCAUUUCUUCGAUCGCAAGAAACCUAUCUCCGACCAGAUUCUUCGUACCAGAGAGGAUUUGGCCGAGAUGGGCGUCCCAUUGCUCGGAUAUAUCAGCGAGGAUAAGCCCGUACCGCCGCAAAAAAUUGCUCAUGAAUCAAGAACUCAAGAACAAGAAUUCAAGAUUGUGUUUCUUGAUUCGCCAAAAAAGCAGCCGUCUUGCUUCUCGGUGCUAGUGAGCGUCCUAGGACUACCUCUGUAUCUCCCACGGCGGCUCACGAUUCCCGUCGUCAGCGAAGAAAAGUGGUCAAGGCCUUGCGCGGUGGUUUCCACAGCCAUGGCGCCUGUUCUGCUAACCGAGCUUUACUGUUCUCAUUACAACGGGUCCAAAAGAAACCUAAUCUUGUACAUAUUAUCCGGAGUAAUCGGAUUAUUCUUUGGUAUCUUAGCGUACUUGACGACGGAAAGUUCUCGUCCGCCGAAGAAAUUCUCACUAGUUUGGCUUCUAGGAGGCUUCACAAUGAGUGUGACAUGGACAUACAUCAUAGCACAAGAGCUAGUCUCAUUGUUAAUAUCCUUAGGGAAUAUCUUUGGGAUUAGUCCUUCUGUUUUAGGACUAACCGUUCUUGCUUGGGGCAAUUCUCUUGGCGAUCUGAUCGCCAAUGUGACCGUGGCGGUUUACGGAGGAAACGACGGUGCGCAGAUAGCACUUUCCGGGUGCUACGCUGGUCCGCUAUUCAACACGGUGAUUGGACUAGGCGUGCCACUUGUUAUCUCCUCGUUGGCUGAAUAUCCUGGGGUCUACAUCAUUCCAAGUGACAAUUCGUUGCUUGAGACACUAGGCUUCUUAAUGGUAGGCUUGCUUUGGGCACUUGUGAUAAUGCCAAAGAAGAAGAUGAGGCUUGAUAGGCUUGUCGGUGGCGGCUUACUCGCUAUUUACCUCUGUUUCUUGUUCUUGAGAUUGGCUAGGGUUUUCGGAGUCCUCGAUAUCGACCGGUGAACUUUUAAGUAUCGUGAAUUUUUUUUUUUGGGUAGCUUUGAAAUAGUAGAUUGUUAUCGAAGAAAGUUGCAAAUAGAUCAAAGUUGUGGGUCUUAUAUUACUAUUCCUUAAAUUUUAAGUCUUGCGAAUACUACUGAGAGGGAUGGCUACUUUUGUUUGUUGCUGAACAUUCAUUUUCUGUCAAACUCACUUAGUACAGAAAGCAUUGGCAUGUUGUUCUACAUUCAUUGUUCAUGGAUUGUAUGUAUAUAGUACAUCAUUAGUAUUAAA